AUGGGAAGUAUAGCGCAUAAAGGUGAUGACUAUGAGUCCCCUAUUUCAAAGAAUGUAGAGUUUUAUUCACCUAUUAGAGAAGAAAGAAAAGAAACUGAGUUAGUAGAGAUAACAAGUACCCCAAAAAGAAAGCAUGUGGCUAGAAAGAGCGGGGGCGUAAAAGGGAAGGAGGUUAGGGGCAAGAAGAAUGUUAAGGUGCAGAAGAAUAUUAAGCGUAAGAAACUAUUGUUCCAGGAUGAUGUGGGUGAAUUUGGUUCUUCAAGCUCCGAGUACAGUGACUUGGAUGUUGAAUGGGUUCAUGGUGAAGAAGAGCUGAACUUGAAUUAUGAUGAUGACGAUCAGUUUUUUUUACAGACUAAUGGGAAAAAAACAAGUGCAGCUAAUAUCCUAAAGGAGGUUCAAGUUAGUUUUGGUGACGGAGAGCAAGCUAAUACAAGUGAAUCACCAAACUCUAACACUGAAACUGUUCUAGAUUUUGCUGAAAAGGAUAUCACACUUCCGGAUGUUGUUGAAGAAGUAGAGGGGGACUCGGAUGAGCUUAGAAGUGUGCAUGGAUCUGAUGAUGAGAUGGAUGAUUACCCUACGUUCAACCCGGAAAUUGAGUUCAAGAAAGCUGUGCAAUUGAAGUUAGGCUUGAAAUUCAACUCGGUCAAAGAUUUGAGGAAAGCAAUAAGAAACCAUGCUAUAGAGAACAGGUACGAUUAUUACUUUCUGCAUAAUGAAGGUAAUAGGAUUACUACUCAGUGUAAGAAUAGAUGCGAAUGUCCAUGGAAUUAUUCUAAAAGCCGAAAACCUAAAUGUAAUUGUAAAUCAAAGUGUGGAUAUAAAGUGCAUGCUAGGAAUUUGGUAAGGACUGAUUUUUGGCAGAUUAGAGCUUGUACACUGUUGCACUCUUGUGUUAGAACAACUAUGAAUAGCAAGCUUAGUGCUGAGUAUCUAGCGGAAAUAUACUUAGAGGAGUGGAGGAGUGAGCCAAACUGGAAGUUGCGAUCUUUUAUGAGAAAGGUAUUGCUAGAUAUAGGAUCCAACAUUACUUAUCCGUUAGCUUGGUUAGCUAGGGCUAGGGUCAAGCUGAUAAUUUACGAGUCUGCAUCAGAACAAUAUGCUAGGGUCUGGGAUUAUGGCAACGCGAUUAUGAAGUAUAAUACAGGUAGUACUUGUAUUGUGGCUGUGGAUGGGUUGGAUCGACCAGAACCACCUUUGUUUAUGAGGAUGUAUGUAUGCCUUGAUGCAUUAAAAAGGGGAUUCAAACAAGGUUGUCGGCCCUUGAUUGGAGUGGAUGGAUGCCACUUGAAGGGUUCUUAUCCAGGGCAGAUUCUAGUGGCAGGGUGAAAAGAUGGAAAUAAUAACAUAUUUCCAUUUGCUUGGGCAACUGUUGAAGUUGAAAAUACGGAAACAUGGUGUUGGUUUUUGGGGUUGGUUAUGAAAGACUUGGAAGGUGAUGAAGGAGCUGGGUGGACAUUCAUGUCAGAUAGGCAGAAGGGUCUUUUACAUGCUUUUAAUGUUGUUGUGCCAAAAGCUGAAACAAGGUAUUGCACGAGACAUAUUUGGGCAAACUUCAAGCUUCAAUUCUCGUGUACCUUAUUCAAAGACCUAUUCUGGAACGCAGCAAGGGCCACAACUAAGUUUGAUUUUGAUGUUGCAAUGGAGUCCAUUCGGUUUUUGAGUGAGGAAGCAUAUGAAUAUCUUGAUGACAUACCAACCCAACAUUGGUCAAGGCAUUCAUUUACAACAAACAGCAAGUCCAAUAUGCUUCUGAAUAACCUAUGUGAGACCUUUAAUGCUGUAAUUAGGGAUGCUAGGGACAAGCCCAUCCUCACCCAAAUGGAAUGGAUGAGGAGGUAUAUGAUGAAGAGAAACAACGAGAAAUGGACUGCGGUACAGAAAAUGGAUGGGAAAAUGAUGCCUUAUAUUAAGAAAGUGUUUGAUGGGAUGGAGGUUACAUCUAGGUCAUGCAUUGUGCAAGUAUCUAGAGGAGAUUCAUAUUAGGUGCAGUUAGGAGGAGAUCAAGUUUUAGUGGAUCUAGGGAAGAGGACAUGCACAUGUUACCAUUGGGAUUUAACUGGAAUCCCUUGUGUGCAUGCCUAUGCUUGUUUGAUGGACAAAAGAGCAGACCCUGCGGACUAUGUAGAUGCUGCAUAUAGUAGGGAAACUUAUUUGCUAGCAUAUGAGCCUGUGAUCAAACCUAUGCCGGGUCCUAGAUACUGGGAGAAGACCGACCUAAGGCGACCACUUCCACCUGCAAUCAGAGUCAUGCCCGGAAGACCUAAGUCACACAAGAGAAAAAAGGAGAAAGGUGAAGGCUAGGAAAAGCAUCCAAAAAGACCCAAGAAGCAAAAUGCAUGUGGCAAGUGCGGGAUAUUAGGACAUAACAAGAGAUCGUGCAAGAAUUAUGUUACUGCACCUACUGUUAUUCCCAAGGGAAUAGGUGGCAGACCUCCAUUGGAUACUCCUUGGGUCAAGGAUCAAAGAAAAAAGAAAGAGACUAGGGUACUGAGUAAGCUUGUUGGAGAUGCCGCUGGUCCUUCCAUCCAAACAUGUAGCCAAGGUCCUCGAUCAAAUGCUUCUACUACUACAGCUCUUCCUGCUAAAAGACAGAAGCAUAAUCAAGCACAACAUCAACCAAUACAACAGCAGCAACAACCACUUAGGGAAAAACUCCCAACUAGGAAGACAAAGAAUCUUAACUCCAUGUAAACAAGUGUCAUUUGAACUUAUUUUGAACUAUGGUGUAUGACAUCUACCUCACUAUGUAAACAAGUGUCUUACGUGUACUUGUUCAAGCCUGAGCUGCUGUUGUUCAAGUGAUCUGCUAGAUCAGAUCUGAUGUUCCCUCACAGCUUAGUUGACUUUAGCUUUUGACAAGAGUUGAUGUGUAUGGAUGCUUCUGCUUGUUGCUAUUUGUUUCUUCCGUUUGUGC